AUGCCUCGUAUGGAGCCAUUGAGGUUGCUGAACUGUUUAAGUCUUCUCCUUUCACCAAGCGGUGGCAUCAAAUGCAGGGAUGUUAUUUAUACACUUGUUGAAUUAAUGAGAAAGUAUUCAAAAAAGCUAGUAUCAAAAUGUAUCUAUAUACAGAUUCUCAAACGUACUGACCUAGAGCUAUUGACUUUGUUCAUGGGUUGUGGUGGAUGGAGAUUAGUACACAUGUGGCUGACAGAGAGCAUUGUUGCAAAAAAUUGGCCAUUAGUACGUGAACUGUUAGAAUUACUCUUACUUUGUCCUGUAGACAUAGAACGUCUGAAAACAAAUAACAAUCCUAAACUCAUAAAAGAACUAUCUAAGGAUGGAAAUAAUUUUGAUAUUAGAGUGUUAGCUUCAAAGUUAGUGGAGCAGUGGUUAAAAAUUGUAAAAGGAGAGCAAAUUACACCAAUCUCAAUAACAGAUAUACCUGAAAUUAUUUCUAAUGCUCAGCAGGAAGUUAGUAAAACAGAAAUUUUGGAGACUGAGGUAAAGUCUGAUAUAAUACAAGAUGAUGAUACUGUUAUAGAUAAAAAUGUAGAGAACAUAAAACCUCCUAAAGAAGAAAAAGAACCUCCUGACAAUUCUGAAAAUCAUUUACAAGUUAAAGAUGAAAUACCAGAGAGAGAAAAAGAAGCAAUUCCUAUACUUAAAUUAAGUUUAAAGAACGGUAGACAGAUAAUUUCACAAGUACAUCCUGACAAUAGCCAAAAGGAAGAUUCACCUUUUAAAGAAAAAUCCAAAGAGAAGACAAAAAGCAAAGACAAAGAUAAAUCAGAUAGAAGAAGUAGUAGUAGCAGUAGUUCUUCCAGGUCAAAGCAUUCAAGUAAAUCAUCUUCGUCAUUGUCACAUGAUAAGCACAAACAUAAAUCUAGUAGACAUAGUGACAGUAAAGAAAAAUCUAGGGACAAAGAAAGAGAUAGAGACAAAAGUAGACAUUCAUCUGAUAGUUCUAAGUCUAAACAUAGUAGCAGCAGCAGCUCAAAAAAAUCGAGUUCUUCCAGCAGUAGGUCAAAGGAUGACAAAUCUAAACAGUCAAGUGAUAAAGUCAAGGAAGAGAAGGAUAAAAUAAAGGAGGAGAAUUUGAAAUCUGAGAAAACUGUUCCUUCCAUUCAUAAGUUAGGAAAGAUUCCAAAGUUAAGUGAAGUUAAAAAAGAUAAGCCUUCAAUAUCUAUAGAGGUUAGGAAACCUGAUGAGCCUAAGCCUAAAACUGUCAAAAUGUUUAAUUCAAAAUUCAGGACCCAUGGCUUAGAAGAGGAAAUUAAACCUCCACCAUCAAGGGCCACAAUUUUAAGCAAUAAAAAGCCUCCUCCAGCUUUACCACCUACAGUUUCAAUACCAAAAAGACCAUCUCCUGUUCAUAAUGAAACACCACCUGAAAAGAAAGCUAAAACAUUGGAUAUUUCAAAGAUAGAGGAUAAGCCUGGAGCUAUUAAACUAAUUCCGCCUAAACCAAAACAAGGAACGCGUCUGUGGAAGACCCGAGACUCGACGAUGAGCCAAUGGGACAACGCCGCACACUGCGUCUGA